AAAAAUUGAAUGGUUUUUAAAAGCUACGUUUUUUGUGAGCGUAAAUUUUGAUCGUUUGAGCAAUAUUUGUGGCCGUGUUUUAAAGUCAAUACAACACGCUCGUACUAAUCAAAUUUUUCUCUUUAUUUUUUCUCUGGUUAAAAAACAUCUGAGAACAUUGUUCUGCAGAGACUUCAAUCACUUUUUGAUCUUCCUUUUAAGGUCGCGUUUACGUUAUCAGAAAAAGACCAAGAAGAUAUUCGACAUACUCCGGUGCGGGAAGUAACCGACAGAUCAAAUGUCAGACGGCAGAGCAGUUACGAAUACGAAUGGCAACAGCAACUUGGCAUUCGAAGCAGAUGCAGACUACCGAUUGACCAAUGGGAAUGCAGCAGGGCUAGAACAGGCGGGAAACAGCAUAAGCAAUGGAACUGCAUUGAACUUCCAAAGGACUGCUCUCGGACAGGGUAAUGACGGCAACGCCAGCAACCAGCAGCAGUCCAGAAAUCGACUGGGUGCAAGCAGAGUGGCACCUUCUGAGUUGAUGGCAAAAAAUGACAUUGAGUCAACUCCACGAAUGAACACAUCCAGACAAGAGGGAAAGAAAAAGUGGAAAUCGUUUGAAAACAUGGGAGCGGAAUUGCCUUUGACCAAUCUGUUGCAGCCACCCAGACUGUUCUACAAGCUCAGAUGGAAUCUGCUCAAAUGGUUCCACCAUCGGGUGAUUGAUGUAUGGGACUAUGGAAUUACAUUGGGGGAGCUGAUUCUGAUUCCGGGAGUCAUCCUUGCUUUUUCUCUCUUUACAUCUCUGUCGUGUUGCGAGUAUGAAGCUACAGGGUCGGUGGCAGCCUGGUCCAUUUUCUUCACGUUUCUAUUCAGUUCCAAGAACUCACUCGUCACUUUCAUUUCUGGAGUGAGUUACGACAGACUCCUCCUACUGCACAAGCUGUUCGCUGUGAUUGCGGUUGUGACGUCACUUGUUCACGGUCUGGCAGGCGAAAAAGAAGAAGAAGGAGAAGAAGAUGAACAUGACAGAAGGGUUCGAAGGGACGGAGAACACGAAGAUGAAGAUGGCGCCAUUCUGACUGGGUGGGUUUUCGCCGGGUUCAUUUUCGCCAUCGUCAUUUUUGCCCUAUACUAUAUAAGGAAGUAUUUCUACGAAGCAUUCUACCGAAUUCAUCUAAUCUUGGCGAUCGGUAUUUUUGUGAUGUCAAUUCUUCAUGGAUCAACGAUUUCGGCUUUCGGUGUCAUUUUCUGGACUGCCGAUUUCAUCAUGAAGCUUCUCAUAGUUCUGUGGAACCAGAAAAACAGUCGAAAGUGUCUCGUUAAGAGACUUCCUUGUGACGUCAUCCAAAUUAAGUUCAGCAAAGGUCGUUUCAACUACAAGUCGGGCCAGCAUGUCAGUAUUCUGUUGCCAAAGGUCUCUUUAUUUGAAUGGCAUUUGUUCAGCAUCUCCAGUGCACCUGACGAAGACUACGUGACAAUUCACCUGCGAGUUCUGGGGGAUUGGACAAAAAGGUUCCAUGACACUUUAACUGCGACUUCAGAACAGGAGCUCACCGUCUUCAUAAAUGGACCAUAUGGCAUGUCCGACGUCCACAAUGACGAUGACUGCCGAUUGUUCAUGAUGAUCUCUGGAGGUAUAGGCGUCACUCCGCUUCAAAGCAUCACAAGUGAUUUGGUUUCUAACUCGCGAGACGGUAGGCCAAUUGAACGAAUUAUGUUCAUCUGGUCAGUAAGAGAUGUGCACAUGAUUAAAGCUGUUUUAAACUUCGACCACGACUAUUACGAUCAACAGUUGCCAAAAUCAUUGCCCACAAGUUUCCAGCCCGAUUUGCUGGACCAAUUACGAAAUGAAAAAUCAAUGUGCCAGUUAGACACUUACUAUCACAUAACAGAUGUGAGAAAAGAGAGUCAGCGUGAUCAGGGAAAUGUUCACCCGAGUAUUCAAUCGAAUCUGAAAAUGGGUCGACCGCAUCUUUCUCAGUAUUUUGAACGGAUGUUCGAGACUGCUAUUCGAGAGGGUGAAUCGAAAGUUGCCGUGUUGUGUUGUGGUCCAUCUAGUAUGGUGGCUGAAGCCCUGAUGUUCUCAUCAGCUUGGUCCAAGGAUGGUGUCACUUUUGAUUUCUAUCCAGAACUCUUUGAGCUCUAAGAGAGCGUAGAAAAAUUAACAGUUAUGAAUUCAACCGGGUUGUAAAAAAAGCUAAUCAUACAGUUCCUAUGCUAUGGCCCAAUUUUCUAUAGAAUUUUUAGAAAAAGAGCUUAAUUUUUAGAAUUUAUGACAAAAGCGUUCUCUGUUUACGGAUAACGCGUUGAUUAUCUUAAGCAAGUUGAUAGAAACUUCUCAAUUGAUGAGACUAACAAGUCAUGACAAUUUGCCACUUUUUAAAAGUAUUGUAAAUAAAUUAUUAUGAUUGUAAUAUAUAAAUAAAUAGAUAUAAUUCUAUC